AUGGACAAUAAGAUUACUUCUGAGCAUCUCGAAGGUCGUGUUGGCUCCAUUCAGGACCUUACUGGUAUAGAUGAGAGCAAUUUGCCCCGAUACAACGAUAAGUCUACUCAGAGGGUCUUGCGCAAGAUAGAUUGGAGACUGCUUCCCAUGUUGACGCUGCUCUAUAUUCUCUCCUACCUCGACCGAGGCAACAUCGGCAACGCAAAGGUGGCAGGAAUGAAUCAAGAUCUAGGCCUCAGUAGCAAGCAGUACAACCUUGUUUUGACGCUUUUUUUCAUUCCUUACACUAUUUUCGAAGUACCCAGCAAUCUCGUGCUAAAGCUUAUGAGGCCUUCUAUCUGGAUGGCCAUAUUGGUUGUCUCAUGGGGCUCAGUGGUGGUCGGCACAGGCUUCGUCACCGGCUACCACUCAUUAAUGGCCGCGCGAAUCGUCUUGGGCGUGUGUGAAGCUGGCUUCUUUCCGGCGGCUAGCUAUCUCCUCAGCGAGUGGUAUUGUCGCUUCGAACUUCAGUGGCGUCUCUCAAUCUUCUUCUCAGCUGCGUCGCUAGCUGGUGCCUUUUCCGGGUUGUUGGCAUUUGCACUGGAGAAGAUGGAUGGUCUGGGUGGCUUGGAGGGAUGGCGAUGGAUCUUCGUCGUCGAAGGUAUCUUCACCUCCGUGGUCGGCAUGACGUUGCCCUGGACGCUGCCAGACUCGCCCGAGACGGCGUCCUUCCUUACGUCCGGGGAAAAAGCGUUGAUCAAGACACGCUUGGAGCAAGACGCUGGUACGACUGCGGGUAUGGUAAAGACAUCAGAGGGCUUCAAGUGGAUGUAUCUCAAGGCCGCCUUCACGGACUGGAAGAUCUGGUUCACCGUCUUCAUCUAUUGGGGUAACACGGUGCCAAUCUAUGGAUUCAUCUUUACGGUGCCGACCAUCAUCCACCAACUGGGAUACAGCUCAGCUCAAGCACAGCUACUGACUAUUCCUGUUUAUGCAGUCGGCACAUUAGCAACUCUUCUCGUAUCCUGGAUCGCUGACCGUCACCAGAGACGAUGGAAAUUUGUUGCUCUGUCCUAUAGCAUCUCUCUUGUCGGCUGCGUUGGCCUUCUGACCAUUCCUCACCCCAAAUAUCCAGGCCUGACGUAUGCAUUUCUCUUUGCGCUGCCAGCCGGCAUGUAUCCAGCAGUCAUCUCUCUGGUGUCUUGGGUCUCCAACAACCUGUCGCCCACGUGGAAGCGGGCAACGGGUAUUGCCAUCAGUGUCAUGAUGGGCAACCUGGGUGGCAUGAUCGGGUCCAAUAUUUACAUGACUGAAGAAGCGCCUCACUACUGGACGGGGUAUGGGGUUUCGGUGGCCUGCCUAUCGCUGGCAAUUUGUUGCACUCUGAUCCUGCGCUUUGCAUACGAUCGGGAAAACAAGAAGAGGAACAUGAUCUCAGAGGCAGAGGUCAGAGCGCAUUACACCCAAGAAGAGCUACUUGAUCUCGGCGAUCGUUCUCCGUUAUAUAGAUACGUGCUGUGA